AUGAAAGACAGAGGCAAAGCUGCAGCUACAGAAGCCAUUAAUGGCGAAAACACAAAAAUUUCAGAUUUCAAUUACUCUGUUUCAUCAGAUAUCCCCUGUAUGAAACACCCAAAUUCAUCCCCAAUUGGGAUUUGUUCUUCUUGUCUCAAAGACAAAUUAUUCAAUCUAAUUUACUCCGAUCAAUUCUUCUCCGACGAUACAGAAACAAAUUCUCCUUCUGUUGAAGUUGGAAGUGUUGGGAGGAUUUCAUUUCUGCUUGAAAAUGAAAAACAGAGCAAAACAGAGCAAGUAAUCUUGCUGAGGAGCAGCAGCAACAGUGUUGAAAUCAAGAAGAAUCGUAACGGGUUUUGGAAAAUCAAGAGAUUUUUCAAGAAAAAUAGUGAAAUUUCAGGUCCCAUUGAAGGAGUUGUUUCAAGAUCAAGAUCACUCUGUAGCUUCAGAGGUGGUGGUGGUGGUGAUGAUGGAAGCAGUGAUUACAGAUUUUCAAGUGCAAAAAUCUCUGAUGUUACUGGUGGUUUUAUAGAUUUGAAACUUGAUUUAUUAUCAGAGCCAAAAUUUGAACAUUUUUCAGAAUCUGGAAAUUUGAGAGGUGGAUCUUGUAGAAUGAAUGAAUAUGACAGAAUGAUGAAAAAGGGUAAAAAUGGAAAAGGAAACAGAUACUGA